AUGUCAACUGAAAUCCAGUUGAAAAUGGCAACGUGUAUUGCGUGUCGGAUGAGGAGGAAGAAAUGUGAUAGAAAGAUGCCCAUAUGUUCAAGUUGUGAAGAAUUAAAUAUCCCAAAAGAAUUAUGUGUUUGUCCUGAUACUAAAUUGGGGUUAAAAUCUAAAAAUUCAAAAGUAACUAGAGAUACAUUAAUAAAAUAUAAUAAUAACCUAAGAGAAGAACAAAAAUAUCUGGAAUCAAUAAUAAAAGGUGAACCUAUAGCUCCAGAUGCUCGUAUGAAAUUAAGUCAAAUCUUGAAUAAUGAUUCUAAACAUAAAAAACAUGAAAGAAAUUUAUUCCUUACUCAAAAAACUGAAAAUGGUUAUUUUGGAUCUUCAAGUUGGAGAGCGACUUUGGGGACUACACCACCAGGGGUUCAAUUCAUUGCAGAGAUUAAUAAAGUACUACGACAAGCUAAGAUUGAUCAUGAAUUAAAGAAAAAUGGUACACUAGAUGAACAAUCCCCAUUCCCACAUUUAAAUUCAUUUAGAGCUAAAGUAACUGAAGCCGCCUUAGGUCUCAGUAAUCAUAAUCUUCAUGAAUUAACUAUUCAAUUAUUAAGAGAAUUGGAAACACAUUUACCACCAUUUGAUCAAACAUUAGAUCUCAUCAAAAGAUAUUUUUUUAUCAAUCAAAUGAGAAAAGUUUGUUUCAUUGUAUUAGAUGAAACUGAAUUUUAUAAAUAUUUCAACAAGACCAUUUCAAAAUCAUCAAUAAAUGGUAAUGUUCAAUUCAAUGUUGAACUUCCUGGUGAAGAGGAUAAAAUUCCAUUUAUUUUCUUAUUCACUACAAUGAUGACAAUGAUGGUUUUCCAAUUAAAUCAAACUUAUACACAUGCAAAUACUUUCAAUCAUAUGUUGAUUCAUGAACUCGCUGAUAUUUUAUAUCAUCUAUCACUAUUAAUGAUUAAAAGUAUUCAAGAUUCACCAACAGUUAUUGUUCAAUAUGAACAAUUUGAUUUCAAACUUUCCAUUCAAAUAAUACAAGGGCUUAUUCAUUAUAAUGUCUUUGAUAGAUACUUACCACAUGGUAGACUUGUUGAACUUGAGGAUGAUACAAUGGGCCAUUCAUUAGCUGCUAAAAGAAUCCUUACAUUGAUGAAAGGUAUGAAUUUAAAUACAAAUAUUGAUAAGACUUUCAAACAUUUUUCCAAAAGUUAUAGAGAAUCUUUACAAAGUCUUUGGAUAUUUAUGGGGUAUUUGGAUUGUACUGAAUCAUUUGAAAGUGGUACAAAACCAAAACUUUUCCCUCAUGAGUUAUUAAAUAAGAUGGAUCCUACAAGAGAAAAAUAUCGGAAAUCAAUUUAUGUUUUCAAUAAUACCUUGGAGUUAUUGAGUAGAAAUGAAUUUGAAGAUCCAAUGAAAGUUGUUGAAUUGAUUAAAACUAAAUUAGUUCCAGAUAUUAAACAAGUAUUGGAUUUAUAUUUUCUACCAAUUGGUGAAACUAUGGAAUUUUUGGAAAGUUUUGAUAUGGAUGAUUUGACUAAUAGGCAAAAGUUUUUUGAACUAACAGAAACUUAUUCACUUCAAAUAACAUUAUUAUCUUUUUUACAAACAUUAUACAAUAUUUGUUACAAGAGAUUAGAAGAAGGACAUAGAUUUUCUGCAUUGCAUAAACAAUAUGGGCUUUUGACAUUAAAAUAUGGACUAUUAGUUUUCUAUUCCGUUCCAGCUUUUUUAAAAUGUUUACAAAGAGUUUCAACUCAUAAAAAUAGUAUUGUUUUCGGGAUAUUACCAGCUUUUUUCGGAACUUUCCCACAUAUUAGAUUGGCAUUUAGAAGAUCAAUGUAUUUUGUUGGUGCAAGAGUUUUUGAUAAUUUCCCAGUUGAUAAAAGAACUUUAUUUGAAAGUAUUUAUCAAAAACAUGAAAAAAGUGAUGAAGAGUUAAUGAGAGAAAUUCUGGCAAGACAAAAUUUCCAACAUUUUUAUACAUUUAAAGAUUUAGAAGAUUUUAAGAUUGAUGAUGAUCAAAGUCAAGUGUUGAAUAAAUUUACAUCAUUGAAUAAUUAUACUUAUCUAAUUUUAUCAAUGGGCAAAGCAUUUGUGGAAUUACAAAAUUGUCUGAAAACUCAAUAUGUUAAUCUAAGCUUUGUUCGUUUAAGUCCAACUUUUUUUAAAACAAUGAAAAUUUGCAGUGUAUUCUUAAAUAAUGCAUUCUCAAAUAGUGAACCACAAUUACAAGUUUUAAACCCAAAUCCAACUCCCAGUUUUCAAUCAGUACCACCAUUACCAUUUAACCAUGGAGGGUUACAUCAUGAUCCAUUUUAUCCAAAUAAUCAACAACAUCAACAAAUUUUCGCACAACCACCUCCACCUCCACCACCAUUACAACAAUUUCAAUUACCAAUCCCACAAUUAGGAAAUCUUCAACAUCAACAACAACAGCAACAACCAUUACAACAUACACCACUUCCCCCACCUCCUCAAGUACCAACUCCUAAUUUCAAUCAAGGAUUUGAGCAACCUUUACACCCACAAGUUCAUCAACAAAUUCCAAAUCUUCAGGUUCCACCUCCACCUCCAAUGAUACUCCAACUUCAACCAAAUCAAUCACAAUUCAAUCAUCCAUAUCUUCCAAUACCCAGUGAAGCAGCUCAACCACCACCUCCACCUCCACAUAUCCCAUCAUCAAAUUCAUUCAAUAUGCCACCUCCACCAACUCCAGGUUCAAUUGGACAAUAUUGGAGAUCAGAUUCAGAACAAAAUAGUUUUUCAACUGCACCAACAACUACACCAGCAACUUCUCAAUCUACAACAACCAUUACAAAUGGUAUACCAGAGAUCAUGGAUUUUGAAAGUUUUUUCAAUACACCAGGUUUAUAUCAUUCAGGUAAUUUGGAUGAAUUUUUAUCAUUUAUACCACGUCCUCCUACGUAUUAA